GUUUCGUUCUUAAUAAAGGCACCAGUUCACCACUACAAUACUCCAACAACAAGCCAUGUUCCCAAUUUCUAGGUGUCCUAGUCAAGGUUUGUUGCAUCCUCCACUUCUUCGUCCUUAGGUACCCCAAGAAGAUAUAAGACAUUAUUACAUCUUAUCAAGAUCUCUUCAAGGAUUUUAGUGGAUUGUCCAUCAACGUAUUCCUCUGCAUUUCCUAACUGCAAGUUCAUAUACGAAUCAGCAGAGACAAGAAACCCUUUGUACUCCAUUCCGGCAUUCCCCACUUGAGUUUUGCAAUAACAGUCUUCCCAAUCAAACUGUUCAGGAAGAGUUUGGGAUUAACUGGUUCAGGAAGGUGUCUUCUCUGGUGCUAGCUUCUUCUUAGCUUGUUUCUUCUAAGCUUUUGGCAAUACAGAUUCUGAUAACCAGAACUCUUGAAGUCUUGGAGAGGUGGAGCUGGAGACUGGAGUGUUGGACGCUGACUCGAAGGCUCAACGGAACUGCGGAACCGCAGAAGGCUGCGUUAGUUUACAGUCGUGAGCCGUGGGUAGUUCUUCCGUUUCAAGCGUGUUAUAACUCGUUGGAAAGAUCAUUUUGAGUUCUAGAACUAUUGUUCCGACUUCAUUUACAGUGCAUUAAGCAAAGGUAUAGAUCAACCCGAAAUUCACAAAAAAUUCCGAUUUCACUCCGAAAUUGUGUAGUAUUUGAUGUGAUCUUUUCUUACCGUAUUUUGUUCUGUUUAAAGCGUAUUUGAUGUCUAAUGAAAGUAGAGAAGUAAUACUUGUGACCUUCUAUAAUUUGCCAAGAAUCACUGAUUUAAAACUUUAAACUUUUUCUGUAAAAAAAACUUUAAAUUUUUACUAGCCAAAAAAAACUUUAAACUCUUAAAUGACAUUCAUCAUUUUUUCCAAAAAAAAUGACAUUCAUCAUUUUUAUUAUCUGCGUGGCAACAUGAAGUACGCCUAAAAUGAAAUGAGAAGUCAAGUUGACCCACAAGCGAUCCACCUUUUGUUUGACCGGCCAGAUCCUAGCCGCAUUAAAGAGUGUUUAAGUUUGGAGUGUUUUCAAAUGAUAGUUUCUGCUUAAAUUAAUCACUUAAAAGCUAAAAGCUAGAAACAGUUAAAAGGGUGCUUUAAACUGCUUCUCAUUUUUUCUAUUACACAAAAAGUACUUAUUUUACCAAACACUACCAACUUUUACUUUUUCAGAAUCAUUUUUUUCUCAAACACUUCCAACUUUUACUAUUAAUCACUUUUCCCAAAAUCACUUUAAAAAUCACUUUUCUAAAGUUGAAGCAAUCGCAAACACUCCCUCCCUUCAUAUGCAGUUUACAACUCAACCGAAGCUUCCGGAAGCAAGGUCCGAGAGAAGAACCCUAACGGCCCGUAAUUAUAUACAGCAGAGAACUGUGAAUUCAUUUUCGCCAUUGAUACACCAUUGAUACUGCAUUGUGAUCGUUUUAAAUAUCUUUUCUGCUGUGCAAUUGGGAUCCAUUAUUGUCACUCCUCUCUUCAUCAAUCAAGACCGAUAUUUAAUAUCUGUGGUUAUUCGAUCCACAGUUGUACUCCGCAAUAGAAAUGGAAGGGGGUGGAGCUGCCGCCGAGGGAAAGCCCAAGGAUCCGGCGGCGGCGUCAUAUACCUACUGGGUUAGGGAAAAGACAUCAGACGCCGCACCCCUUCCCGUUCCCCGGAAGCUCAACCCUGAUUACCAACCUAACAACGAAAACCCUGCCCGGCUUGGCUCCGCUUGGAAUUCGGCUGGAACUUGGGAGGAAAAGAGUCUAGAUAAAUGGGCUGAUAAUAGAAUUAAGGAAUUGCUGGAGUCCAUGGGGUCUCUGGAAAUGUGUGGAGGCAAUGCUGAAAUAACCGAAGUAACAAAAUGUAGUGGAGAUGCAUUCUUGGUGACUGUACGUAACAGAAAGCGUGUUGGCUACACGUAUGAGCUAACACUAGGGGUGAAGGGGGAGUGGCUUGUUGGAGCUGAGAAGAAGGUGGUCAAAGGUCAUAUAGAUGUACAAGAGUUUUCAUUUGGUGAACUGGAUCGCUUGCAGAUCAAGGUUAGACUAAAUGAAGACAAGGAUCUUGAGCACAAAGAUAAGCAGCAAAUCAGGCACAAUUUUGAACAGUUUCUGCAACCUCUCCGUGAAAAAUUACUUCAGUUUGAGCAGGAACUUAAGCAAAAAAACUAAGGAAUUCAAAUGUUCAUCUACCUUAGCAUGUACCAGCAUUUUCUUUUUUCAUUUUCUCUUUCUGAAAAAAGACAUUGCCAUUUUGAUUCCUCAAUAUAAUUUAAAACCCUGUAAGUUAUAUUCCCACUAGACUGGGAGCUUUUACAUUGUUAUUGUGGCAAAAUUACUUUAUGGACAUUUGACAAAUUUUGGUGUUUGUUGAA